CCUAUGACAUAUAUCAAUGUCAGCAUGUCAGCAAUAAAAGAAAUACCAGUUAACAUUCCAAAGCUAUUAUCAUUGUUCAAAACUGUGGUUCCAAAAUCUACAAGUACCAAAUAUAAAGGACAGAAUGGGCGCAUUGGAGUAAUCGGAGGUUCUAUGGAAUAUACUGGUGCACCUUAUUUUGCUGCUAUUACUUCAAUGAAAGUUGGUGCUGAUUUGGCGCAUGUGUUCUGUCACUCCAAUGCGUCAGCAGCCAUUAAAACUUACAGCCCAGAUCUUAUUGUUCAUCCAGUACUAGAUUGCGAUGAUGCUGUUGAUAAGAUCUUGCCAUGGUUAGAAAGACUACAUAUAAUAGUUUUUGGACCUGGAUUAGGCCGGGAGCCGAAAAUUAUAGAGACAGCUACCAAUUUACUAAAAUUAUGUCUAAAUGCGCAAAAACCAAUUGUUAUCGAUGCUGACGGAUUGUUUAUUCUUAAUGAUAAUAUCGAUUUAAUAUACGGACACAGUAAUGUCAUUCUGACUCCAAAUGCCAUUGAAUUCCGAAGACUAUUCGGAGAAGAAGUUGAUGUUAAACGACAUAAAAUAUCACUCCUUGGAGAUGGAAUAGUGAUUCUUGAAAAAGGCUUAAAUGAUAAAAUUUAUGUUCCUGAAAACAACGAAAUUUACAUAAUGCCUACUGGUGGUUCCGGGCGCAGGUGUGGUGGUCAAGGAGACUUACUUAGUGGAUCACUAGCUACUUUUUUCUAUUGGUCGUUACAGUCAAAUCAACCUAACCCAGCGUAUCUUGCUGCGUGCGCAUCAAGCUAUUUCAUUAAACGGUUAAACUACGCCACAUUUCAAAAGUUAGGUCGUAGCACUGUUGCAAGUGAUAUGAUCAGUGAAAUAUAUACGGUUUUCCGAAGUGAUUUUGAGAGCUGAUGUUUUCAUAAUAAUUUAAGUAUUUUGUCUAUUAAAUAUUUUUUGAUGGUUCAAAAUCUUUGAAGAUUAUCGGAAAUUACACUCACAAUAAAAUGGUCAAAAAAGAAA